AUGGCACCUGGAAAACAAACUGGUCUGAAAUCAUUAUUUUCCCUGUCUCAGUUUGUAUUGACUUCAGGACAACUGGGACAGGGCGCAAUACAAAAACAUUCAAGAAUUUCUUAUGUAGAAGUGGAAAUUCUUGAUGCUCGGACAAAGAAGCAGAUUUGCAUCCUUGAAAAGAUGCUUCCUUCAUUUUCCAUUGCUGAUGUAAAGCACAAGUUUUACAAAACUUGUCCACAGUGGUAUCCUUCACGGGUUGGCUUACAGCUUGAAUCCAAUGGUCCUCUACUGAAGGAAACCAAAGUCAUUAAGAGCCUUGCAGCCUCCUCCAUUAUUACAUUAUACUUCAGAGACCUGGGGACACAGAUAAACUGGACUACGGUAUUUCUAACAGAAUACACUGGGCCCCUUUUAAUCUACCUGUUGUUUUAUUUUCGCUUGCCAAAUUUGUACGAUAUGGAGGAUAUAAGCCACUGUAGCCGCCCACUUGUGGUGCACCUGGCUUGCCUCUGCCAUUCUCUGCACUACAUCAAACAAAUCCUUGAAACUCUCUUCCUGCACAACUUCUCUGAUGAGAAUACUGCUCUGAAGAUGAUGCUGAAGGGCUGUGCCUUUUACUGGGGAUUCACCACAUGGAUGGCUUAUUACAUCAACCACCCUCUGUACACACCUCCCAGCUUUGGUAACAGACAAAUCAUUCCAGCUUUGGUCUGUUUCCUGAGGUGGCUCAGCUUAAAGGAGGAUGGACUUUCAUGCUUGGAGAUCCUGCUGAAUUUAGCUCAGGUCCUGAAAGUAAACAUUGAGACAAAGGUGUUUGUUGUCUUCAUUUUUAAAAUGGUUUCUUCAGCUGAUGAAGGAUAA